GGAGUGACAACCAUCACGCUUUGCUUCCGUUUUCAGCUCCUGUACGACACAGCAGCAGCCAUGGGAAGAGAAUGUUUAUUAUCAAGGCAACAAGUUUUUAUGACACCCGGUUUCUGAACCUGUUGAGAUUCUAUAUACUUCUGACGGGAAUACCAGCGGCACUAUUCGUAACGUAUGUCAACAUCUUCAUUGGGGAAGCUGAACUUGCGGAGAUUCCCGAAGGUUAUGUUCCAGAGUACUGGGAGUACUACAAACACCCUAUAAGUCGCUGGAUAGCUCGUUACCUCCUUGACCCCCCUGAAAAGAACUAUGAGAAGGAGAUGGCUUUGCUUGAUGUUGAAGCAAAGAAAACUGAACUGAGGCUGAUGGAGCUGGAGGCACGCAGACUGAUGAGACACAGGGGAGAUGGACCUUGGUAUCAUUAUGAAACGCCUGAUAAGAAUCUUGUUGACAAUUCUAUGAAAUCCACCCCUGACAAUUAAACAAUUGCAAGGCAUUACGCAUGGUAAAUGCAUACUGACACAUGGUGACUGAGCUAUGUAAUACACAGCCUGCUGUUUACUGAUGGAAAUGAUUAAAAA